UGAUUAAUUAAAAUAAAUUAUUAAUCAAAUAAUGACGGAGCUGCUCAUUGAUCCGGACAUUCGCGUGUGGGUUUUCUUGCCCAUAGUGCUGAUCACCUUUUUGGUUGGCAUAGUGCGCCACUAUGUGUCUAUUCUGAUAUCAACCCAAAAGAAGGCCGAAAUAACCCAGAUCCAGGACAGUCAAGCCAUGAUUCGCGCUCGCCUCCUGCGGGAAAAUGGCAAAUACUUGAGCGCCCAGUCAUUCUCCAUGAGGAAAAACUACUUUAACAGCGAGGAAACGGGCUACUUCAAGACCCAGAAGCGGGCGCCUGUGGCCCAGAACUCAUCUGCCAUGCUGACUGACAUGGUAAAAGGGAACUUCAUCAACGUAUUGCCGAUGGUCGUCAUCGGAGGAUGGAUUAAUUGGAUGUUCUCUGGUUUCGUGACCACCAAGGUGCCGUUUCCGCUGACCUUGCGCUUCAAGCCCAUGUUACAACGUGGAGUUGAGCUAGCUUCCCUGGACGCUGCCUGGGUCUCAUCCGCCUCCUGGUAUUUCCUCAACGUAUUCGGCCUGCGCUCCAUCUACACGUUAGUCCUGGGCGAGAACAACCACGCGGACCAGACUCAGGCACAGGCAGAUGCAAUGACUGGCGCCGCCAUGACCAUGCCGCAGGACCCUAAGGCAGCCUUCAAAGCGGAAUGGGAGGCGCUGGAGAUCACAGAGUACCACAAUGCCCUGAAAAACAUAGACGCCGACAUGCUAAACAUCGUUGCAGCCUCCGACCAAAGUGAAUAAGAAAGUUUUCGCAAUUUAGAUGUCCUAGCAAAUUUCCAAUAUAACAAAGAAGAUUUUGUUUAAUUGUAGAGUAGACUUUGGUAACAAUAAA